UAAUCAGAAACAAACAGGUUAAGCAACUUCCUCAUCUAUAAAAAGGCAAAGCAAGGCACAAGGAGCUUACAUGUGUGGGAAUAUUACAAGAGAAAGGGACACACUCACUUCUCUGGACUUAAUCUUACUCUGGUUAAAACCUCUGAUCUGAAUACUUUAACUUUAAAAUGAAGGAAGUAGUGGUGGACCCAAAGAAAAUCGAAACACACAUAGUUGAUGAAUUUCCUGCUAAUGUCUAUGAGAACCCACACUUUCAAGAUGAUGAAAAACCUACUGAAAAUGGAAUGCCUAAGAUGACAAAAAAAACACAAAAACCAAAAAAACCACCAAAAGUGAAACCAUCCAUGGUGGGACUCUUUGAACUGUUAAGCUUUGCCGAUUCUUUGGAUAUUAUUUUGAUGGUGGUUGGCCUCCUCUGUGCGAUAGCCUGUGGCACUGGAUUACCAAUUAUGAUUAUAGUUUUUGGAGAUAUGACGGACAGUUUUGUUAUGAGUGGUCAAGUGCCAAAUGUGUCUUUGGUAGCAAAUUUUACUGGAUGCCUACAAGCAAACAUUGGAGGUAUGGAUAUAGAGGCUGAAAUGACAAGAUAUUCAUACUAUUAUGUUGCCAUUGGAUGUGCAGUUCUUGUCCUAAGUAUUUUUCAAGUGUGGACGUUUUUAGUGUCUGCUACAAGGCAGACUAUGAGGAUUCGACAGCAAUUUUUUAAAUCCGUUCUUCACCAGGAUAUGGCAUGGUUCGAUUGUACCCAAAUUGGAACUCUGAACACAAGACUUACUGAAGAUAUAAACACAAUACACGAAGGUCUCGGAGACAAGAUAGCUAUAUUUGUUCAAAAUCUUUCCCAAUUUCUAACUGGCAUUAUUAUAGGAUUUGUAUAUGGCUGGAAGCUGACAUUAGUCAUUUUGUCAGUAAGUCCUCUCCUUGGCAUAUCAGUGAUGAUUUGGUCCAAACUUCUUGCUAUGUUCACUACAAAAGAAUUAUUGGCUUAUGCCAAAGCAGGCGCAGUGGCAGAGGAAAUCCUUACAGCUAUACGGACUGUUGUAGCUUUCAAUGGACAAGAGAAAGCAAUAGCCAAGUACGAUGUUAAUCUUGAAGAUGCCAGAAAAGUUGGCUUCAAAAAAUCAGUCACAACAAACUUAUCAAUGGGAAUUUCCCAAUUUCUUAUCUUUGGAGCAUAUGCGUUAGCUUUUUGGUAUGGAACAAAAUUAACCAUUGAUGAACCAGAAACAUACUCAAUCGGAACAGUUUUAAUUGUAUUCUUUUCUGUUCUUAUUGGUACAUUUUCACUCGGACAAGCUGCACCAAAUAUUGAAAGUAUUUCAAAUGCACAGGGUGCCGCUUAUGAAGUAUACAGAAUAAUUAAUAAGCCACGUCUAAUUGACAGCAGUUCUAAGGAAGGACACAAGUUAGAUCAACUGGUAGGAAACAUUGAAUUUAAAAACAUUCAUUUCUCAUACCCUACACGUCCAGAUACACAGAUUCUGAAAGGGCUAAAUCUUACAGUCCAAGCUGGGAAAACUGUAGCUCUGGUUGGUGCCAGUGGUUGUGGAAAAAGCACUACAAUUCAGCUGCUUCAACGAUUUUAUGAUCCAUUACAAGGAGAAGUGAUUGUAGACGGACAUGAUAUACGCACCCUCAAUGUGAAGUCUUUAAGAGAAUACAUAGGAGUUGUCAGCCAAGAGCCUAUUUUGUUUGGAACAACUAUCAGGGAAAAUAUUCGUUAUGGAAGGGAAGAUGUAACUGAUGUUGAAAUUGUACAAGCCGCUAAAGAGGCAAAUGCCUAUGACUUCAUAUCUAAGCUACCUGAUGCUUUUGACACAAUGGUUGGUGAAAGAGGUGCUCAGUUGAGCGGAGGACAGAAGCAGAGAAUAGCCAUUGCACGUGCUCUUGCUCGCAACCCAAAGAUCCUUCUACUGGAUGAAGCGACAUCUGCUCUGGAUACUCAAAGUGAAGCUGUUGUUCAAAUAGCCCUGGAUAGGGCUAGAGCUGGUCGAACCACAAUUGUGAUAGCUCACAGAUUGUCGACUAUCAGGACAGCGGAUACCAUUGCUGGAUUUCACAACGGGGUUGUUGUUGAACAAGGAUCGCAUGAUGACCUCAUGAAUAAAAAGGGUGUUUACUAUUCACUUGUAAUGUUACAGAAACAUGGUGGUAAUAAUGAUGAUGAAGAAACAGACACCAAGAACGAUGAUGCCAAUGAAGAGGAAGGAGGAGUUUUUGAAGGAAUUAAUGAUGAGGAUGAUGGUGACUUUCAAGAUAUGGUUGCAGAAUUGACAGAAUAUAAUGGAUUGGGGCUCUUCCAUAGAGGGAGUUUACGGAGGGCAUCAAGUAGGAAAAGAUCUUCAAUGAGGAAAUCAGUGCCAAAGAAAUCAUCUGAACCAGCGCAGGAGAUUCCGAUUAAAGACGAACUUCCUGAAGUACCUAUGAGCAGAAUCCUUGCUCUAAACAAACCAGAAAUGUUCUACAUUGUGAUUGGAAUUAUAGCCGCUGCAAUUUGUGGUGGGAUAUACCCUACAUUUGCUGUGAUUUUUGGAAAAGUUAUUGGGGCAUUUCAAGAACAAGACCCUGAAAAAAAAAGCCAACGGACGAUUCUAUUAUCGCUAAUGUUCCUUGCACUAGGAGUGAUUAGUCUUAUAGUAUAUUCUGUUAUGGGGUUUGCUUUUGGAAUAUCUGGAGAAAAUCUGACCAAGAGAUUGAGAUUUAUGUCAUUUAAAGCACUUCUUCGACAGGAGAUUGGAUUUUUUGAUGACCAUUCCAAUGCAGUUGGAGUUUUGCUCACAAGACUUGCAACAGAUGCAUCUCAAGUCAAAGGGGCUACAGGUAGUAGAAUUGGCUUGCUCACUAUGACCAUUUGCACCCUGUUGGCAGCUAUAAUCAUUGCUUUUGUCCACGGCUGGCAGUUAACACUACUUAUUCUGGCCUGUAUUCCAUUGAUGAUUGGUGCAAAUUUUAUCAGAAUGAAAUCCAUGGCUGGUCAUGCAUCAAAGGACCAAAAAGCUUUAGAAGAAGCCGGAAGAAUCUCAACUGAAGCUGUGGAAAAUAUAAGAACAGUGGUAUCUUUAACAAGAGAACAAGCAUUUUAUGACCGUUACAAUGAAAGUUUAAGAGGACCAUAUGAGGAUGCCUUGCGUAAAGCUCCUAUCUAUGGGAUUACUUUUGGCAUUUCCCAGUCAAUGAACUUCUUUAUCAAUGCAGCUGUAUUUCGAUUUGGAGCCUGGCUGAUUGCACACUGCUACACGCAAUUUGAGAACGUAUUCAUAGUAUUUUCUGCAAUCAUUUUUGCUGCUAUGAAUGUUGGACAGUCCAGUUCUCUUGCACCAGAUUAUGGAAAAGCAAAAGUAUCAGCUCAGCGUAUUAUGAAGCUUUUGGAUCGAAAACCAGAAAUUGACAGCUACAGUGAAGAAGGAGACAUGCUGAGUGAGUUUGAAGGAAAUCUUGAAUUCAAAGACAUCCAGUUUUUCUACAAAUCAAGACCAAAAGUUCAAGUUUUGCAAGGACUAAACGUUAAAGUUUCCAGAGGACAAACACUUGCACUAGUGGGGAGCAGUGGAUGUGGAAAAAGUACUUCUAUUCAAUUGCUGGAAAGAUUUUAUGAUCCAACAAGUGGAAAAGUGUUUGCCGAUGGAUGCGAUACAAAGACACUGAAUUUGAAGUGGCUGAGGUCCCAAAUGGGAAUUGUAUCACAGGAACCAAUGCUGUUUGACUGCAGUAUUGCUGAAAAUAUCCAGUACGGAAAUAAUGACAAAAUUGCCACACAGGAAGAAAUUGAAGGAGCUGCAAAGGCGGCAAACAUUCAUACUUUUAUAGAUAAUUUACCUGAGAAAUACAACACUCGUGUUGGAGACAAAGGUGCUCAGCUCUCUGGAGGCCAAAAACAAAGAAUUGCAAUUGCUCGUGCUCUGAUUCGAAGACCAAAAGUGUUACUACUAGAUGAAGCGACGUCUGCCCUUGAUACAGAAAGCGAAAAGAUCGUUCAAAAAGCUUUGGAUGAUGCCAGACAAGGGAGAACAUGUGUAGUUAUUGCUCACCGACUUACAACAGUACAGAACGCUGACACCAUAGCUGUUAUACAGAAUGGAAAAGUCAUUGAACAAGGGACUCAUAACCAGUUGUUGGCAAAACAAGGGGCUUAUUAUGCUCUAGUAAAUUCUCAGGUUUCACAUUGAUAGUGCAAUAUCAAUGUAUUUUAUAUUUGUGUCCUAUAUUGUAAAAAAUGUACAGAGAGCAAUCAAAUGAUUUUUUUAUUUUUUUUGUUACCUAUGGUAUACACUGUGAAUAUGCACAAUAAAUAGCUUUCAAUAUCAGCUGUGCUAAAAAACUAGAACAUUUGCCUUUAACAAGUCAAAGACUGACCGAACAAGGUGAAGAAAGAAAGAAAUCCAAACCUGAACAGAAACGAGUGAUUAUCCUUCUAGAUCCUGCAUUUUAUUAACUUCUCAAACAUCGAAGUAGCAGAAAUCUAAGAACUAUUUUAUAGCAGUAUUAUGUCUUAGGGAAGCGGCACAGAAUGUGAGUCAAAGACUCAAGCGUAAGGCUCCAAAGAUUAAAGAGACAUGAAACCCAAUUUAUUUUCUUUCAUUAUUCAGAUAGAGAAUACAAUUUUAAACAACCUUCCAAUUUUCUUCUAUUUUAUAAUUGACUUCAUUAUCUUGGUAUCCUUUGCUGAAGAAGCAGCAAUGCAGUACUGGGAGCUAUCUGAACACAUUGGACAGCCAAUUACAAAAGGCGUACAUGCGCGGCAACCAAUCAGCAGCUCCUGAGUCUACCUAGGUAUCCUUUUCAACAAAGAAUAUCAAGUGAACAAAACAAAUGUUAUAAAAGAAGUAAAUUGGAAAGUUUUUUUUUAAAAUUACCUGCUCUAUCUGAAUCAUGAAAUAAAAAAAUUGGGUUUUUAUGUUUUCUCUCCAUGAGUUUUCAAUUCAGCAGGGGAAGGAUAUGUAUGGAGUAGCAUUCCACCCUGCCUUUUUUUAUGAAGUGUUGGUUAUGGCUGUUUGAUUUAAAGGGACAUGAAACCCAAUUUUUUUUUUCAUGAUUCAGAUAGAGCCUGCAAUAUUAAGCAACUUUCUAAUUUACUCCUAUUAUCGAUUUUUCUUCGUUCUCUUGCUAUCUUUAUUUGAAAAGCAGGAAUGUAAAGCUUAGAAACCGGCCAAUUUUUGGUUCAGACCUGGGUAGCACUUUCUGAUUGGUGGCUAAAUGUAGAGAUGAAAAAAAAAAUUGAUAAUAGGAGUAAAUUAGAAUGUUGCUUAAAAUUGCAUGCUCUAUCUGAAUCAUGAAAGAAUUUUUUUUUUUUUUAUCCCUUUAAGGGGUAUUUAUAUAUAUAUAUAUAUAUAUAUGUAUAUCUUUAUUAUAAAAAGAGACUAUGGGGCCUAUUUAUUAAUGCACGAGCGGACAUGAUCCGAUGUAGCGGAUCAUGUCCGCUGCACAUCGAUAAAUGCCGACAGCAUGCGCUCUCAGCAUUUAUCAGUGCACCAGCAGUUCUGGUGAACUGCUGGUGCAAUGCCGCCCCCUGCAGAUUUGUGGGCAAUCGGCCGCUAGCAGGGGGUGUCAAUCAACCCGAUCGUAUUCGAUCGGGUUGAUUUCUGUCCACCGCCUCAGAGCAGGUGGACAGGUUAUGGAGCAUAACUUCUUCAUAACUUCUGUUUCCGGCGAGCCUUCACAACGGAGCUUGAUAAAUAUGCCCCAUUAUCACUACAAUAUAAUGUUGUGUUUGUUGUGUUGCAGUUCUUCUGGACUGUAGUGUUUGCUUUUAUAUAGUGAUGCAAAUAGCUGUGACCAGGAGUUGUAAUUAAAGGUCAACAUGUUAUGGUUAGAAGUUUAGAUUUUUAGGAAGAAUGUUCCAGUCCUUUUCGUGGGCUAGAUCUGUACUCCACUCAAGGCUGUUUUUAUGAGCUGGAAGACCCAUUUCAGAGAUUUUUGAAGUAAGCACUUAAUAUGUUAAAACUUUAUAGUUGUUCUUAUGUGGGUUAAAAAACUAAAAUAAAGAACAAUGAUACUUUUUUCAUGUAA